AUGGUUCCCCUAUCGACCUUACCAGUUGAAUUAAUUCGAAAAAUCGGGAUUAACCUAGACUCCCCGUCACAGCUCCUGAUAUUUUCCACCCUUUGCAAGCAUUUUCAUUCGGCCUUGACCGUGACAGAGUUGGCUACCGUGGACGCAAAGCGUCUGGCCGCGCUCCGGAAAUUCGACCGCAGUAAACCCCUAUCUAUAUUUAGGGGUAUUGGUAAUGAAAAGCCUCCGGUCGACGCUUAUGAGCCUAUUCUCCUUUGGGCGAUUGAAACAGGCAAGGAUUUCCAGAACAUCAAGCGCUAUAUCGAUAUUUAUCAAAAGAAUUUCCCUACUCUUCUCCAAGAUUAUUGGUUGUUUAACAGCGAUAGACCUAGUUAUGGCAUAUUUGUUGCAAAGCGCUUUCGCCCAGCAAUUGUCGUAGCCACGAGAGCUGGAAGGCUCGAUGUUCUAAGAGAGCUUAUCGGACGUGACUGCGGACGUGAGGCUGAAGCAGGGAAACGAGUAUCCAUGGAUGACGCAUUCAAAUUCGCAUGUAGGAAAGGACUUCUAGAUAUCGCAAGUUGUUUAGUAGCUAACGGACUACUGUCAACGGAGAGAAAUCUAUUGACAGCUGCCGAACAUGGCCAUUGCGAACUUUUAUCAUCGGUGAUGCUCCUUCCAUCCCUCAACGACGAAGAGGGUAGAAAGAACGGGGCUUAUAUCCUUUGGAAGGCCCUUUACUCUUACGAUAUCUUCAACAAAGAGAUUAUACUACGCAUUAUCAAAGCACAAACCUAUGAUUUUGAGAGAGGGCCCCGCCUUAGAAGGGCUGUCAUUGCAUCGUUUGGUCCCAAGCGUUAUAUCUUCCGUCGACGCCUGACAUCUUUGAAGAUAAUCUGUCUACUAGAAGUAUGGGAGAAGUUGACGAGUUUACCAAUCGAAGCAGGUGAUAUUCUUCAAGAAGCUGCGAAGCACGUUGAAUGUCUAAACGUCAUCAAGUUCAUAUUAUGUAGAAAUACAUGUACGAUAGGAACAGGUGAAGAGCGAUCACAGACGAUGGAUAGAGCGUUGAGCGCCGCUAUCCGUGCUGGUUGUGGCGGGAUUAUGCGAUACCUCGUUCAGCAAGGCGGUAAAUAUUCUACAUUCCACUUGUACGAAGCAAUAUUGUCCGCCCAUCUUGAUGCCAUAAGAGAGAUAACUAGGUCCGGCAUCUCAGUAAAUUGUACUUUCGAUUUCGAACGCGAAUUAUUACUUUCGGGACCCCAAGAAUAUUGGCAGUAUACACAGGGUCCUACCGCUACCUUCUUCGAAACUCCACUCAAGCUAGCACUACACAUCCUCCGAGGGGGGAGAAGCUUCUUAGCAGCAUUUGAGCUAAUACAUCUUGGUGCCGAUUUUACUAAUCUCACACAAGAGGAGAAGGAUUGGGUCGCGGUGCGUCUAUAUUGUCACCAUUUCCCUAUGUAUUUCAUUAAGAAAAGUCGUUACAACGACGAGAGAAAUUUGGUGACAAACCCAAGCCGACUCAAUUUUGCCGGGGUACGUCGAUUGAAGCAUUAUAAGAAAUUUAGUGCUUGCGCAGAUAAUCUGAAAAUGGUACACGCGAUGGCCCAGUUGGUAAUAGGCGACGACUAUCGAGAGAAAAUUUUGGCAAGUGAUUAUCCUUAUGACGAACCGCACCUCAAACCGAAAGGGUACGCGUUUGUACACCAUGACCUUGAUAGUAUUAUGGAGCCGGACUCCAUACAUGAUCAUGGUGAGGUAUAUCCAUGGGAUGUUGGUAGAGAUGCAUGGGAUGAUGAUAUAGAUGCAUGGGAUGGUGAUAUAUAUCUUGAUUAA